GUGCCAGUCAGAAACGUGUAGUUUGUAAACAAAAAUAAUUAUUUAAAAUGGGUUUUCGCGUUUUAGAACUAUUUAGCGGCAUUGGUGGUAUGCAUUAUGCAUUUAAAUAUGCGCAAUUGGAAGGAGAAGUGGUUGCCGCCUUGGAUGUGAACACCGUAGCCAAUGCGGUUUAUGCGCAUAAUUAUGGAAAAGAUAUUGUGAGGACUAGGAACAUCCAGAGUCUGAGCGUUAAAGAGGUUGCAAAACUACGGGCCACCAUCUUGCUAAUGUCGCCGCCGUGUCAGCCACACACCCGCCAAGGAUUGCAAAGGGACACGGAAGACAAGCGAUCGGAUGCACUAACUCAUAUUUGUGGGCUCAUUCCCGAGUGUCAGGACCUUCAGUACAUCCUGAUGGAGAAUGUUAAGGGAUUCGAGACUUCGCAGGCUCGGGCUCAGUUUGUCGAAGCCCUAGAGAAGGCGGGAUUCCAUUGGCGGGAGUUUAUACUAACCCCUACACAAUUUAAUGUCCCCAAUACUCGUUAUCGCUAUUAUUGCAUUGCCCGCAAAAACGAAGAUUUCUCAUUCGCUGGCGGGAAAAUCUGGGAGAAAAUGCCGGGGAGUAACACCAAGGAUCAAAUCCUUUCCCAAAUCUCCGAGAUUGUUGAGGAAAAUGUAGCAUCAGAUUUUCUAGUGCCCGAUGAUGUUUUAACGAAAAGAGUUCUGGUUAUGGACAUAAUCCAUCCCGCUCAAAGUAGAUCCAUGUGCUUUACUAAAGGUUAUACGCACUACACAGAAGGCACUGGCUCUGCAUACACACCGCUCUCGGAACAGGAAUCCCAUCAGAUCUUUGAGUUAGUUAAGGAAAUCGACGAAAACAAUCAGGAGAAAUCGGAGGAGGUGCAGCAGCAACGUUUGGAUCUAUUGCAUAAAGUAAAAUUGCGAUAUUUCACACCUCGCGAAGUUGCUCGUCUAAUGAGUUUUCCGGAGGAAUUCGGCUUUCCAGCUGAGACCACAAAUCGACAAAAGUAUCGAUUGCUGGGAAACAGUAUUAAUGUUAAGGUUGUUGGUGAACUUAUUAAAUUGUUGACGACUUAAAAAUAACCAUAA